UCUUCUGCUACAGAACGCAGGGUGCGCCGACUAUUAAACUGCGCCUCUUCUGCUCUCGCUAUGGAGAGCGCUGCCGUACCGCAAGUCGGAGUCGUGGCGUUCGUAAUCACAGGGAAAUCCAUACUCCUCGGGAAGCGCCGGUCCGUCGCGACGGCUAAUAACGUCUUUGCUCCCCCUGGUGGCCACCUAGAAUUUGUACGCAGGGUGCGCAGACCAAUAAAUUGCGCCGGUCGUACGGUCGUAAUGGAGAGCUGUCCUGUACCGAAAGUCGGAGUCGUUGCGUUCAUAAUCAAAGGAACGUCCGUACUACUUGGGAAGCGCCAAUCAGUCGCGACGAGCACCCACACCUUUGCUCUACCCGGUGGCCACCUAGAAUUUGGUGAGAGCUUUGAAGAGUGUGCGGCUAGGGAGGUGAAGGAAGAAACAGGCCUCGACAUCGAGAAGAUCGAGUUCCUAACCGUCACUAACAACGUCUUUCUGGACCAACCAAAGCCAGCCCACUACGUCACUGUCUUCAUGCGGUCCGUUCUGGCGGACCCCACCCAAGUGCCCAAGAACAUCGAGCCAGAGAAGUGCGAAGGGUGGGACUGGUAUGACUGGAAGAACCUCCCAAAUCCACUGUUUGCGCCGCUGGAGAAGAUGGUCCGAAGUGGUUUUAAUCCAUUCCCAUCAGAGUGAAAUUUAAAUACCAGCCCACCAGUAGCUGCAGAUGGCAUAUAUUUCGUUGUUGUGAAUUGAUAAUGGAACACAUGAAUGAACAUUUUGUAUGUGAUUCUCUA